AUGGAUUCCAUGAGGUCGUUAAACACCUCCUUGCCCAGCUCAACACCCCGCCCUCAACCUCCCGAGCAACUCUUGCAGUCAUUCAAGGCGGCUGCCUUAUCUGUCACCAACCUCUAUAAGAAUGCUGUCUGUGAGCAGGCCCAGGCGAAACAGUCCGGCUACCAAGAAGCCGUGGAGGAUCUACUUCAUUUCCUGGACCGCGAGAACCUCGGCCUCACCGAUGGGGAAGGGUGGAAGGUUCGGCAGUGGGCAACGGAGAAAUGUGAUGGAAUCACAUCCCAGAACAGCGACGACGAUGAACGGGGGGAUGCGGAUAAGGGUGAUCGAAGCACCACUCCCGCUGCUUCUCACAAAGAGCAACCCCAAUCCGCCUCUGAAUCCCCCGCCCGACUGCCACCCACUACCACCUCGGCAUCAACACCGAAACUCGAUCCGACGACUACCACAUCUACACCAUCAACAGACACAGCCCAGCAAGCUCACGAGACAGACCCCCUUGGAAGAUCGACGGUCUUUACCUUCUCCGCGGGGCCAACACUCUCCCAGUGCCAGGAACUGGAUAUGGACAUGCAGUCCUCUGACGCCUCCACCACGUCCACGCAAGAUGAGAGCCCCGUCAACGUCUCGGUGAUGCCCCGACCUUCUCGCCAACACCACCGCCACAACAACCACGCCCGUCCGAAUGCCCGUUCAUCGACACGAGAAUCCCCCGCCGCCGUGGGGUCGAAGCGGAAAUUCACCUUCCCGGACUUCUUCGACCUAUCCGGUCUGAACAACGGCCGCGACAUGUUCGGAGGCGGAAAGCGCGGCCGCUUUACCUAG